AGAACCAUCAUGGAUUCAGAAUCGUGAAGGGGAAUCUAAAACUGUAAAAAAUUCCUAAUUAGUCAUAAGAGCGAGUUGUGCGGUUCGGUCGGGAGGUGGCGCUGUUGUUCAUACAGUGUCUCACUCCAGUCUUUCGCUAUCAUUCUGCUGAUUUGCUGGACCCAGCGCUGGCUGGACACGCUGAAUGUAAAUCUGGCCGCAAACAACGUCUCAGUCUUUCUCUGUGUGGCUGUGAACCCAGCGAGGUGAGGUUGGCACAGGCGCAGGACUGUCUAGCUUUGAGCGCAGUUUGCAGACACACUGAGGGAGCCGUGCUGGAAUAUUACUAUUCAGAGGUGAAGUCAGAACCGAAGGAGAAAGGGCGAAACCUUCCUACAUCCUGAGCUUUUCUUCUCCCUCUCUCUCUCGCUCUCUCUGGACGCAAAGACUUGGGCAAAAUGGUUUUCCCGAAAUCUCAGUGACUGCGAUGUCAGCAUCUCUCAUCUACCGCUUGUGGAACACAGACUGAAGAAAUACACGUACUGCGAGGAGGGACAAAACACGUUUUUCGGGUCAAGUGUUUUUCUCUUCGAGGGAGCAGCCGUUCACUCACGGCGCACUGGAUUCAAGUAACACUCGCCGCUGGCAACUGAAGAUGACGUUACUAUGGAAACAGUUUUUGCUGCUAUCAAUCAUGGAGUAUCUUGCAGAGUGUCUGGAUUAUAAGUCUUUUAAUGGGCCGAAAUGGCGAAUGGAGCCCAGUGAUCUGACAGUGGGUUCACUGGAGGAAGAGGCUACGCUGACCUGUGACGCAAAAGGCAUUCCUACCCCUAAGUACAGGUGGUCUCUGAACGGCACAUUGAUUAAUCUCACUACUGAUUCCCGUCGGCGGCUAUCUGGGGGGAAUUUGGUCAUUAGAAGUCUGGACCGGGCCCAGGAUGGAGGAAUAUACCAAUGCACUGCCUUCAACCCACAGGGAGCAAUUCUUAGCAGAAGAUCGAGCCUCCAGUUUGCAUACUUGAAUUUAAAAACUCAAACAAAAAGCGCUGUCUCUGUGCGAGAAGGCCAGGGGGUUGUUUUACUCUGUGGUACACCAUCAUAUGCAGGAGGUCUCUCAUUUGCAUGGGUCUUUAACGAGUACCCUUACUUUGUUCAGCAAGACAAUCGUCGCUUUGUCUCUCAGGAGACGGGAAACCUUUACAUCGCCAAAGUGGAGCCUUCGGAUGUGGGUAACUACACGUGCGUGGUGGUGAACCGCAUCACUAAAGGCAAAGUCCUCAGCUCCCCGACCCCUCUGGUACUACGAACGGAUGGCGUAAUGGGUGAAUAUGAGCCGAAAAUAGAGGUUCAUUUCUCUGACAUGGUUCCGGCUGCAAAGGGAUCAGUUGUGACACUUGAGUGUUUUGCUUUGGGGAACCCAGUUCCAGAGAUAACGUGGAGGAGAGCGAAUGGAGUGCCGUUUCCCAGCAAGGUGAAGAUGAAGAACUCAAAUGUAGUCCUGGAGAUUCCCAGUUUCCAGCAGGAGGACGCCGGAGGCUAUGAAUGUGUGGCUGAGAACAAGAUGGGAAAAAACACUGUGCAAGGACGACUGUCUUUCCACGCAAAACCUCAGUGGGUUCAGACGAUGCGAGACAACGCUUUGUCAAUUGAUGAGAGAUUGUUUUGGGAGUGUAAGGCCAAUGGCAAGCCCAAGCCUUCAUACAGCUGGCUGAAGAAUGGAGAACUGCUGGCAGCCGAGGACAGGAUACAGAUCGAGAACGGAGCCCUGACAAUCAGCUCUGUAAACCUCUCCGACGCUGGCAUGUAUCAGUGCGUCGCUGAGAACAAACACGGAAUCAUUUAUUUUGGUGCUGAGCUGGUGGUGUUGGCCUCGCCCCCAGACUUUUCCAGAAGCCCCCUUAGAGCUCUGCUUAAAGCCAAGACGGGCAGCACAGUCACCAUGGAGUGCAGACCGCAGGCCUUUCCCACAGCAGUCAGCCUGUGGAGGAAAGGUAAUGAACCGCUGCAGAGCUCUGAGAGGAUAACUUUUCUCCCUGAUGGAACACUUAGAAUUACAAAUGUGACCAAGAUGGACGGGGGAAACUAUGCUUGCUUGGCUAGAAACCAGUUUGGUGCGGCCAGCACUACGGGAAGACUGCUGGUCACAGAUCCCACACAAAUCACCCAGGGUCCAGUGGACAUGGAAAUCAUCGUCGGGGAGAGCAUCGUACUGCCCUGCCAGAUCUCCUGUGACCCUGCUCUGGAUGUUUCAUUCUCCUGGGCCUUCAAUGGGCAGCUCCUCAAUAAACUGGACCAGCAUUAUGAGCAUGUGGGAGGGAGUACAUCUGGAGAUUUGAUGAUACGGAAUAUACAGCUGAAACACGCCGGAAAGUACGUCUGCGUGGUCGACACGGAUGUCGAGAGUUUAUCGGCUGCGGCUAUUUUAAUCGUGAAAGGUCCCCCAGGAGCUCCAGAUGGUGUAACAGUGGAGGAGAUCACGGACAGCACGGCUCAGCUUUCUUGGAGACCCGGCCAGGAUAAUGGCAGCCCCAUCACAAGCUAUAUCAUCCAGGCCAAGACAGCUUUCACAGUGGGCUGGCAAGCGGUGAACACGGUCCCGGAGGUGAUUGAUGGCAACACCUUGACGGCAACGGUGGUGGAUCUGAACGCAUGGGUGGAGUAUGAGUUCAGAGUGCUGGCCAGAAACAGCGUUGGCGUGGGGGAACCGAGUCCCGCAUCUCUUAAAACAAGAACUGAAGAUGCAGUUCCUGACACGGCCCCCACCGAUGUCGGAGGUGGGGGUGGCUCCAAGUCAGAGUUGGUAAUAACAUGGGAGCCUGUGCCUGAAGACCUACAAAACGGAGAUGGUUUCGGCUACAUCAUCGCUUUCCGGCCGCUAGGAGAGGUCAACUGGACACACGCCGUCACCUCCGUGCCGGCUCAGUCCCGUUACGUGUGCCGAAACGAGAGCAUCCUGCCCUUUUCUCCAUUUAGCGUCAAAGUGGGUGCCUACAACACCAAAGGCCAGGGACCGUUCAGCCCCGUUACCAUUGUGUUCUCAGCCGAGAACGAGCCCAGUGGCGUUCCAGACGGCGUGUGGGCCAGAAGCAUAUCUGCCACUGAAAUUGAAGUGAACUGGCACAUUCUCAGCACUUCCCCAGAAAGAGUGUUGGGCUAUGAGGUGGUGUACUGGGAGGAUGAUACAAAACCAGAGACCAUGGGCAAAGUCAGAGUGUCUGCCAAUCAGAACAAAGUUAACAUCAGUAGUCUGAGAGGAUACACUCAGUAUUUCCUGACAGUGAGCGCUUUCAACACGGCGGGCACUGGCCCUCUUUCUCCUACUAUCAAUGUGACCACCAAGAAGUCCCCACCCGGGCAGCCACCUUUGAACGUGGAGUGGAACCUGAUUGGCUCGAAGCUCACUGUUCAUUGGGAGCCUGUCAUUUCUCUGGAGAUGGAGUCAGAUGUUACUGGGUAUCAGGUGACUUACAGAAGAAACCGGCAUAAAGAAAUAAACUCGAUAACAACAAAUCUGACCUCGGUGGAGCUCACCCUACCUGCAGAUGACGAUUACAUCAUUCAGAUACGAGCGCUGAGCGACGGCGGGGAAGGCAUGCCAACCGAGCCCAUCAACAUACAUAAACUUAGUAUGAGCGUACGAGGGUCCAGAGCCUGGCGGCCCAACACCAUCCCAGCCUCCUUGCUUUCUAUCAUCGCAUUAUCGACACUGCAACCGGCUUUGUGUUAACACUCUAUAGGAUCGAACGUCCUCCGGCCAGUGUGAUUGGCCGUGCUCUUCCUCGCCGUGGAAUCGCUGGAGAGGUGCACCAAAACACUUCUGAGGCAAGAUUAUUGAUCCAUCUCUCCGUUAUCUGAGGCAAUGCCUAGCGAACCGUUUGAGGAGCGUAACGGGAAAACGUCGGCGCCACGGUGGUCGGAUUUCGUGUGCAUGUUAUGUACUGUGUAUCAUUGUCUCUUAAGUGAUCCGAGACCCUAACAAGGUUACAGAUGAAGGUUUUUGCAGCAAACCGGUGUAUGAGGUGGGAUGAGUCAUAUUACUGCACUAAGAUUGCAUCUUCUCAUUGAUCCCUAAGAACAAAUGCCUUACUUCCAUGUACAUGCCAAAGUAGUUAACGUCCUUUUGCUUUGUACUAAGCUUCUGUUGGGUAAUAUUGUGAUUGUUUUGUAAUUAUCACAUCAUUCAUUUAAGGAUUAGUUGACCCAAAAAACAUUUACUUACUCUCAUGUUGUUGCCGUGUGACUUUUGUUUUUCUGUGGGACACAAAAAAGGAAUUUUGCGUGCUGGGCGCUCAUUCCCACGUACUGUAACUAUAACGAAUGGAAAUGGAGGGCCCUAUUUUAAGGAUCUAAGAGCAUGGUCUAAAGGAAGUCCUAGUUUAACAAUGGGAAAAGAUGGUUUGCGCGCCCAGCACAUUGUCUAAAAGAUACGUCCCUAUUUUCUUAAUGAGGAAUGGGUGUGUUUUGGGCGUAACCAGAGUCUCAUUUCCCAUUCCCUUAAAAAGCCAGUUGCACUUGCGCCACGGCGGAUUCGCUAUUUACAAUGGCGGACUUUGCAAGCGGAAAGACUAAACGCUUCUCCAGAGCGCAAACGGAUCUGCUCGUGUGUGAGGUUUACCAGAUUCCAUCAAAUCUUUAUGUACACAAAAGUCUUUUACAUUGUAAUCCUUGUAUUUAUCAUAUUUGGCUAGUUUGUGUGUGUCCCUGUGUGUGUAGUAAUCAGAGUGUUAAGCACAUAGUGGACCCGCCUAUUGGCGCACAUUACUAACACACUCUUUAAAUAACGAAAACAAUAUUGCGCCAUUGACUUUAGACCAGGUUUCAGUUGGCGCAGUCUAUUUCAGUUUCAUCAAAAUAGCAACGAUCCAGCAAUGCGCCCGAACACACCUUGUUUUCAGACCAGUGCGCCCAUGGGCGCAUAAAUAGGUGAAAAUGCAUUUGCUAUUUAAAACACGUAGCACAAGACGAAAAAAUGAUAAGUGCGUCAGGCUGAAAGUAGCAAAAAACACUUGCGUUUCGCCACAUUGCGCCGGGUGAACAUUACGCGAGAAAUACGAUUUUUUUGUGAACAGGAUCGACUGAUUAAACUCGAAAGAACAAUUUAUUCAUGAAUCGAAUAUUGUUAAUUUUAUUUUCUUAUAAACCAGCAAUGGAAAAGUACUUAACAUCUUACAUUACAGUAUACUGGUUAAAACUGUUAGAUCACUUAAGAUGACUAGGCAUAUAGCAAGUCAUUUUUUAGUGUUUCGGUGUCAGAAGUCCUCAUUCACUUUCAUUAUAAUAAACAGCAGCCAGUGUGUGCUUUAAAAAUUAACCACAGAAGAAAGUAAGUCAUUUGGAACAACGUGAGAGCGAGUAAAUGAUGACAGAAGGUGUAAACGUUCCCUUUAAGCUACUGUUUGUUUGUUUUUUUGUUGUUGUUUUUUGUAAUGACAUCAUUAAUUAAUAUUUAGCCCUUGCUUACCAUUUCAGUUAUUUGUUCAAGAGUUGUCUCUGUGCCUUAUCUAUGUUUUAGCGUGCACACACACACACACACACACACACACACAAGGCUUGUUUUUGUUUGCUCCAGGCACCUAAAAGCCUCCAGUAUUCAUGAUGGCCACAGUGCUGCAUUCACAGAUUUUGUGACAUUGCAUCUGCGUUAACACUAGGAGAAGUUCUAGGUAAAAUCGUCUACACUCACGACGACAUAGUAAUUAUCAUAAUGACAUCAAGGAAGUAAUUGGGCUUUUAUAAAUAUGCUAGAGAUGUUCAAAAUUGAAUUAAGCCUUUCGACACUUAAGUCAUAAACGAUUUGGUUUAUUGAAGAAAUGCCAUUCUUUUUUUAUUAUCAGAAAUGUAAUUUUAGUAAUAGGUGUGUGAAAAUGUAAUUCUGAGAUGAGCAACCAAUUUUUUACAGUAUAUGAGCAUUAUUAGGCUUUCUUUCCACACUAACAGCAAGUCUGGAGUGAUAAAGCCACAUUUUGAUGACCCAUUUUUCAGUAUUAUCACUUUAUCAUCCCUUGAAAAAAAGAAGUGCACUUAAUAGUAUUUAAUAUGCAUUUUUAAAGUACUUCAAAGUAUAUAUUUUUAAAAACUUUACUUAAUGAUAUUAAUAAAAGGCCACUUAAGUGUACUUAAAGAGUUAACUUAGGCCCUGUCCAAAAUGGCACCAUAAACUCUUGCUGUCUUCCAAUGAGUCUGCACUUUUGGGAAGUAGUCUGUAACAGAGCUCAUGGGCUUGUAGACUAGAUAUCGACCGCAAAGGGGGCGCCCACGAGCACCCUUUUGAAACCUAAAAUGACGAAUCGGACACCCUAUAUAGUCUGGUGGACUUCACGAUCACGCGAGUAUGGCAGCCAUUGUAAGUCCACGAGACUGUAAGUACAAAUGAAGUGUGCCAUUUGAAACAGGGCCUCUGUUCCUUGAUACACUUCUAUAAAUUGGAAUUUUUACUUUAAUAUACGGUAACACUUUAUUUUACAGUGUCAUUGUUACACGUUACAUGUAGUUACUAUAGUAAUUACUAUAAAUUGUGCAUAGUUACACGCAACUAACCCUAAACCUCACCCUAAUCUUAACCCUUAUCCUACAGUAAGUACAUGUAGUUAAUUAUUAUUACUCGGUACUUAAAUAUUUCAGUUUCAGUGCA